AAAAAAAAAAAAAUGCAGAUCCCCAAUAAACGACCUUGGGUUCGUUGUCAAAAAAAUUGUUAAGUUGCAUUUAAAGCCCCAGGGGAAUAGUGGGCCGGGCGUCCAUCCCCUCUGCCCGCUUCUUCUUCUUCUACUACUACUACUACUCCUACUUCUUCCAGAUUCCAAUGCACAGAUGAAGACACAGUUAAAAAGAAAAGAAAAAAAAAAAAGGUGAGUGGGUCGGGUUUGGUCAGGUAACGCUUGGAAGUGAGCGCAAGAGGAUUUUAUACUUAUAUAGUAAUAGUACUACUGCUAGUCUACUUCUGUUUUAGUGCGUUAGACAGCACCUUCAGAGUGUUUUUUUUUUUUUUUUUUGCAGACCAAAAAGAAAAUUUUAAAAUAAGAGCGUAUCCCCCCAGAGCUUUUGAAUUAUACUUCUAUCUGCUAUAUGUUUUUUUUAUAGUUGUUCAUCAAAUUUGUAGUAUGAUAUUGGGUGAGCAAUGCGUCAUGGAUCCGCAUCUGCCGCUUUUUCAAUUUUUAAUAAUCUGAUUCCCCCCACUUCUGCUCUUUUUUUUUCCCGUUGCCUUUUUUCAAACUCGUUUUUGAAUGGGUCUUCACUAACAGUGCCAUCAUUUUCAUCCUGAUUUCUAUCUUCUGAUUCCCUCCACCUCUUGCUCUCGCCUCCCUCCAACUGCUUCCUUUUUCUCCACAUUUGCAACGGAAAAGAGUGGGAAAAAAUUGAUUCAUUCAUUAUUCAUCCAUGGGUAGGGAGUGGUUGUUCUUCUGGGGUAGUAGUAGUAGUAGUAGUAGUAGUAGUAGUAGUAACGGUGGUAAAUCCACUAAGAAGCCCGGGAAAUCUGGUGGAGGAGGAGCCACAGCCGCGGCGGCUGAGGUAGCCGCACCAACCGGAUGCAUGUGUGCAGUCCUACAACUUUUUGACUUGCAUCAGUUUCAAAUGGCUUUGCAUCAUCAACCUUCGUUCAGGCCCACCGCUUCUUUCUUGCAUGACGAACCUUGCAGUAUAGCCAGAACAGGACUGGAAGCACCGAGAAACAGCUUGGAGUUGGAUGAGCCUGCUGUGUCGACGGAAUCAUCUGAUUACUCUUCAUCUUCGUCGACCCGCAGAAAAGAACCAGAAAAUUUGAAUAUCCCUAAGGUGAACAUUCAAAUCAAGACGACCCGUGACAACAAAUCGCCAAGAACCUCAAUCUCAAAACCAGACCAGCUGUUGAAUUCAUGCAGCAGCCCAGGCGGUGACAAAACUCCAACUCUGGUGGCCAGGCUAAUGGGCCUUGACCAGCUUCCUCCUCCUCCUCCUCAGCUCCACCGAACCAGUACAACAACAACUCCCCCUGCCUACGGUCACGGACCACUUGAUCGUUUCAGAAGGGAUCAUCAUCACAAGCAUCCAUCUGGGUCUGGGCUACCCAAUCUCAGUCAAAACCACCACCGGUCCAGAAGAAGUUUCUAUGACAACGACGUCGUGGCAGGUGGGACAAUUUCACUCCCAGAGACGCCCAGAAUAUCGUCAGCCAGCAGCAGCAGAAGGUCAGAUGUGGAGUAUCAAGCUCACAGGCUAUCACUUCAAAUCAGCAACAACAAAGAGAACAUUAAUGACUUUGAAAUCUCGGCCCGGAAACGGAGAGAGCUUUUGAACUACAAGCGAGCCGAUGAGGAUUUGCUCCCAAAAAGCCGCAGCGAUUAUGCCAAGGAGAUUGUGAAGCAAAUCAAGGAAAAUGUGGUCAGACGAAAAGUUGGUCUAAACGACAUCACCAACACCCUCAAAAGUGGAGACCAAAAAGUUACUACUAAAACUGAUGUUGAUGACCAUGUUGUUCUCCUCAAACCCAAGAAACCGUCCAACAAGGUUAAUCAUGUCACCAAAAAAGUUGGUGGCCAUGAAUCAGCUGCCCCGAGUAAGCAAUCAACGCCGUCUUGCUCCCCAAGGCUACUGGACAUCAUGAUCAACGAGCCUUUAGGUACUAAAAAUUACCACCCAAGUUCUGAGUCCCCAAGACUAGUCUCGACGUGGUCUCCGUCACCAGAAAACCAGCCCCAGCCGCCGCCGUCCGGAAAAGUUCAUUUGACAUCAAAGCCUCAACCUUUGAAGUUACGUGAUCAAGAGCAGCAAAACCCGGCGGGGGUGGUUAAGAAACCCAAGAAAGAUGAUAAGGAGGAGAAAUGCGGGUCGGGUAUUAGUAGUAGAAGGAGUAAGCCACAAGCUGUGGAUCUCAUCAUGAAGAAGAAAGAAGAGCCAUUUAUCCGUCCCACCACAGCACAGAGAGGAAAUAACGGGACGGAUAAGAAGUGCAAAAAAACUCCCAUCUCAAAUGACAUCUUCAAUAUCAGUGUCCCAAAUCUUUUACCAGUUAAGAAGCAGGCACAAGCGUCAUCAUCAGAUGGUGAAUUAAAGUGGAAAAGCAGCCCACAAAUAUAUAGUGGUUCGAGCCAAGGGUACAACAAGCAUCAGAAGAAAGUUGUGACGGAUUCGCCCAACUUUCAAGAAUACAACCCAGACAGGAAUUACCGUACCACAACCUCAACAAACGUUGUUGUUGCAUCCUCCUCCUCCUCCUCCUCCUCCUGCGGUGAUGGAGAAGUUGUGGAAUUAGAAUAUCGGCACUACAUCCAGAGAAUCCUUAAACGUGCAGGAGUAGACAAAUCUACCCCAGUGUCCCUGGCCAAAUGGUAUUCCCCGUCUCACCCGCUUGACCCUUCCAUUUUUCACUACAUUGAACUUUUUCACCCAACUCAUCAUGCUGUAACAAACGUUAAUAAGUCUCCGGCCGAGUUGAACUUGAGGUGCAACAGGAAGCUUGUUUUCCAACUCGUCGACGAACUGCUGGCCGAUGUUCUCAAGCCUUAUCUCGUGGCCGGUUCCCGUUGCCGGAAUCGUGAUCAAAUGUACGGCUCUGAAUUGAUCGAGGUAUUGUGCUCGAGGAUCAAGAAGUUUCCAAGGGCUGAUUGUAAAGUGUUGGAAGAUAUAGAUGCGUUGAUUGAUACGGACUUAGGCAACGCAGCAUCAUCAUCAUCAUUGUCGUGGGUGCAUGCAAAUUGUGAUGAGGAAGAAAGAGAGAAAUUAGUGGAGGAAAUCCAACGUGAUAUAAUGAAGUCACUAGUGCAUGAUACAACAAAAAUGGCGACCCAACAAGUAUUUUGAUGGAUUACGUGGUGGAAAACUGGAAGGAUGCAAGAAAAAGCAUAGAAUAAAAUUGAAAAGGAGAAGGAGGCGCGUCGGUCCGUACGUUAUUGGGGAGGGACACAGAAUCAACAAGGUCUGACCAAGGUCACAUGGAAACGGUCCGUUCACGUGAUGAGCAAGGAGGACUAUUUGAUCCCAAAAAAAAAAAAAAGAAGAAAAUAGUAUGGAGGACUGAAGGAACCUACUGGGGCUACUACUAUUAUUUGGGGUUUGAGGUCCCAGAAAAGAGUACCAUUUUGCAAUUCAGAGGUCCAUAGGUUCAGUCCUUACCGCUAAUUAAACUGCCCAUCCACAGCUGCGCUGCCCUGUUAUAUGUAAAUUUGUUUUUGUGUAUAUAAUGUGGUCACAUUAGAUAUGGAUCAUCCCUCAAAUUUGAAGGGGGCUUUCCAUUUAGCUUUUCAUUUUGAAAAAUGUUUUUUUUUUGGGUAUGUCUGAAAUUAUUGUUCCGAU